AUGACCUGCACACAAAUAGACGUAACGAAACAGCUGAAGCGAUUUUACAAUCCGAGGGAAAAUAUCAACUGGACUCUAAUCCGAUUCCGACACAGAGUGUCACAAUUACGAAAAAAAAAAUUAAAAUAUAAAAACCACUCCAAGGUUGCGUUACGAUUUCGCUUAACCAGAUUUGGAUGGGAAAGGUUGCAGUCAGGUCGAAAUGCAAGUAAAAGAAAUUUGUCCAUCAAAAAGUACAAUGAAAAAAUGAAAAUAAAAUACGUCUCACGGGAUGACAUCAAGAAGUUCAAGUUCCAAAUGCCUAGCUAUGUCCUGCGGAUACGCGAUUCUCCGGUUGACUACAACCCCAACAUUAUGCGUGCCCGCAAGUUCUUGCCUUCGCACUUUGGUUAG